GGGGGUUGCCACUCGGGGGGGUUCAGGGGUCCGGCCGGCUGGGGUGGGGGUUGCGGUGGUGGUGGGGGGGGUUUGCCGUCUUGCAAUGCCGCGUUUGAGAAGGAGACUGCGAGAAGAGCUCGCUGUGGCAGUGAUACUGAGAAGCAUUUCCCACCCCAAUCUCAACGUGUUGCGGAUUCGGUCGGAGCACGUGAAUGCCUGUAAGGGGCAUGCGACCCCGACUGGCGAUGAGGCCAUGGAUUUGGCAGUCUUCUUGCAGGCGAGUUGUCCAGGCUCGGCCGGCGCGGAGGCAAUCAAGGCUGGCGUGGCCGGAAAACGAAUAAAGAUUCCCUCGGGCGCCGCGAUUUCCCAACGAAGCAGCUCGCCGACUCGCCAGCGACGACGUCGGACAUUCGAGCUCUGUGCGUUUUGCGGAAGCAGAGCUCUGUGCGUUUUGGGAAGUAAGCAAGCAAGCACGCACAGCGAAGCGAAGAUGGUGGUCAAGAUCGGCAUCAAUGGGUUCGGCCGCAUUGGAAGGUUGGUCCUGAGGGCUUCCCUCAACCACCCUAACGUGCAGGUGGUGGCUGUGAACGACCCUUUCCUUGAUCCCGAGUACAUCGUCUACCUCUUCAAGUACGACACCGUGCACGGCAAGUACAAGGGCGAGGUCGGUCUGUCCGCCGACAAGAAGCUGGUCGUGGAUGGCAAGGAGAUCGCCAUUUUCGCUCUGAGGGAUCCUUCCGCGAUUCCGUGGGGAGAGGCAGGUGCGGAUUACGUCGUCGAGUCCACGGGUGUGUUCACGGACAAGGACAAGGCGGCUGCCCAUCUGAAAGGCGGAGCGAAGAAGGUGGUCAUCUCUGCUCCCUCUGGCAACGCGCCUAUGUUCGUGAUGGGCGUGAACGAGGAGAAGUACACGMCGGAUCUGGACGUGAUCUCGAACGCGAGYUGCACGACCAACUGCUUGGCGCCUCUUGCCAAGGUCAUCAACGACAACUUCGGCAUCGUGGAGGGACUGAUGACCACCGUGCACGCCGUGACGGCCACGCAGAAGACGGUGGACGGGCCAUCUGGCAAGGAUUGGAGGGGCGGGCGUGGGGCUGGAUUCAACAUCAUUCCCAGCGGAACGGGCGCCGCCAAAGCUGUGGGCAAAGUCCUUCCUGUGCUYAACGGCAAGCUGACGGGMAUGGCCUUCCGUAUCCCGACGGCCGAUGUGUCUGUGGUGGAUCUGACGGUGAGGCUGGAGAAGAGCGCCAGCUACGACGAAAUMAAGGCUGUGAUCAAGAAGGCCUCCGAGACCGAUCUGAAGGGCAUCUUGGGGUACACGGACGACGACGUGGUGUCGUCGGAUUUCAUCGGCGAUGCUCGGUCGAGCAUCUUCGACGCCAAGGCGGGKAUUGCCCUGAACGGGAACUUCGUGAAACUGGUGUCCUGGUACGACAACGAGUGGGGUUACUCCAACCGUGUGGUGGAGUUGAUUGAGCAUAUCUCCAAGGCUUAAAUCAGUCUGUGUGAGUGUGAUGUGUGUGUUGUGUGCGUAGGUAGGUAGUAGCUAAUUAGUUGAGAGCAGUGUGUUGUGUGCUUGGGUAGGUAGCAGCUAUUCAAUUGAGAGCAGCCGUUGUGAGGGCACUCAUUGUGUUUUUCCCUUGUUAUUUCUGAUUGGCGGAAUCAUAGUGAGACGAUGUGUUGUCUUGUGCGUUUUCUUACAUCGAAUUUGGGUAGCUUUUUGCGGGUAGGGAGGAGAGAAAAGGAAUGUAGGGUGAGCUGCAAUAAGUCAAAUCUAUUUGAUUAAAUCUAUUCUCUGUGGGAUCGAAACAGAUCAAACAAAAACGAUUAAAAGAGAACUUUUAAGGCGAUGGAAUGGUUGUCUGGUUCUCGCAGCUCGAUGGAACGAGUACUUCGGCAUUGUAAUUGGAGAUCGGAUGCCUUUAAGG